AUGUCUGCAUCUUUGAGAACUGAGUUCCUAGGUAGGCAGUAUGAAAAUCCAUUUAUGAACGCCUCUGGUGUUCAUUGCUUGACCAUCGAUGAACUGGAAGAACUGAGCAACUCCAAAGCUGGUGCUUUCAUCACAAAGAGUUCUACCGAAGUCGAAAGAGAAGGUAAUCCAGAGCCGCGUUACUAUUCAACUCCUCUAGGAAGUAUCAAUUCGAUGGGGUUACCAAACAGGGGCUUCAAGUAUUAUCUUGACUAUGUUCUUGACUAUCAAGACAAGCACCCAGCUGCUAAUACUCCUUUUUUUUCCGUUGCUGGUAUGAGUAUUGAUGAGAAUCUAAAGCUCUUGAGAGCAAUUCAAGACAGUGCAUUUGACGGCGUAACCGAAUUAAAUCUCUCGUGUCCUAAUGUACCAGGUAAACCACAACUUGCCUACGAUUUUGAGGUAACUGAAGAACUACUAAGUAAAGUUUUCAGUUUCUUCAAAAAGCCGUUAGGAGUCAAAUUACCUCCCUAUUUCGAUUUUGCUCACUUCGAUACCGCUGCCAGCAUCUUAAACAAGUUCCCCCUGGCAUACGUUAACUGCAUUAACAGUGUCGGUAAUGGCCUCUAUGUCGAUCUCGAAACGGAGAGUGUAGUAAUUAAGCCCAAGAACGGAUUUGGUGGAAUUGGUGGCGAAUACGUUAAGCCGACAGCGCUAGCCAAUGUGCGUGGAUUUUACACCCGCUUGAAUUCUAGUAUAAAAAUAAUAGGAACAGGUGGGAUAAGAACAGGGCAAGACGCUUUUGAGCAUUUGUUGUGUGGAGCAACUAUGUUACAGGUCGGUACUGAACUGUACGAAGAAGGUGUAUCCGUGUUUGAACGUUUGCUACAUGAGCUAGAGGAUAUCAUGAACAAAAAGGGCUACACUUCGAUUGACGAGUUUCGGGGAAAACUAAGUAGCUUAUAA